AAUGUACGCGAUAGUAGUGGCAGUGCCUAUUCCAGUUAAAAGUAUGAGAAAUUAGGUUAUGUUUCAUUUAGAUCAUAUACGAUACGAGAUUUGCGAUUUCAUUACUUGUUUAAUAAAAUAAAAAGAAACUCAGAAGUUGCAGAUGGAGAAAAAACCAAAAGUAAUCGUCUUCGAUUUAGAUUAUACCUUAUGGCCAUUUUGGGUUGACACUCAUGUAGAUCCACCAUUUAGAAAAGGAGCGCAAAAUAAAGUAUUAGAUGCACAUGGCCAUGUCAUACGUUACUAUUCUGAUGUACCCAAUGUAUUAAAAUGGUUAUCAGAAGAAGGAUAUGAACUUGGUAUAGCAUCACGUACAUCGGAAAUACAGGGAGCUAGACAAUUAUUAGAUUUAUUUGACUGGAAGAAAUAUUUCAAGUAUAUCGAAAUAUUUCCUGGUAGCAAGGUCACACAUUUUUCUAACAUUCAAAAGAGUUCGGACAUUGUUUACAAAGAUAUGUUGUUUUUUGAUGAUGAAACCAGAAAUAUCGUGGAAGUUGGAAAACUUGGAGUACAUGCUGUAUUAGUUAGAGAUGGUGUAAGUCAUUGUAUUGUAGAAGAUGCUCUGCGAUUGUUCAGCAAACAAUGACUGCUUAAAUAAUUCUAUAAUUUAUUUAUAUCAAUUUAUAACUGUUUUGCAAUUAAAAAACUUACAAGAUAUUUAUGUAUAUAUGUGUUGAUAAGAUUUUUCAAUAUAGCUCAAGUAGAAAGUACUGUAUU